GGACUGGGGCCUGGCCCCCUGCUGGGGUUGGUUGACAGUUAAGCGAAUGCCUGGCUGAGUGACAUGGGGACCAACCUCUGUACCUGACUGCCCAGCUCCGGGGGCACCGGGGUGCGGCCAUGGAGAAGAUGUCCCGCGUGACCACGGCCCUGGGUGGCGGCAUGCUGACGGGCCACACCAUGCACUGCCACCUGGACGCGCCGGCCAACGCCAUCAGCGUGUGCCGGGACGCAGCGCAGGUGGUGGUGGCUGGCCGCAGCAUCUUCAAGAUCUACGCCAUUGAGGAGGAGGGCUUCGUGGAGAGGCUCAACCUUCGUGUGGGCCGUAAGCCCUCGCUCAACCUCAGCUGUGCUGACGUGGUCUGGCACCAAAUGGAUGAGAACCUGCUGGCCACGGCUGCCACCAACGGCGUGGUGGUCACGUGGAACCUGGGCCGGCCAUCUCGCAACAAGCAGGACCAGCUGUUCACGGAGCACAAGCGUACAGUGAACAAGGUCUGCUUCCACCCCACAGAGGCCCACGUGCUGCUCAGCGGGUCCCAGGACGGCUUCAUGAAGUGCUUUGACUUGCGCCGCAAAGACUCGGUCAGCACCUUCUCAGGACAGUCCGAGAGCGUGCGCGACGUCCAGUUCAGCAUUCGCGACUACUUCACCUUCGCAUCCACCUUCGAGAACGGCAACGUGCAGCUGUGGGACAUCCGGCGGCCAGACCGCUGCGAGAGGAUGUUCACGGCCCACAACGGGCCCGUCUUCUGCUGUGACUGGCACCCUGAGGACAGGGGCUGGCUGGCCACAGGUGGGCGGGACAAGAUGGUGAAGGUGUGGGACAUGAGCACGCCCCGGGCCAAGGAGACACACUGCGUGCAGACCAUCGCCUCCGUGGCCCGCGUCAAGUGGAGGCCCGAGUUCCGCCACCACCUGGCCACCUGCUCCAUGAUGGUGGACCACAACAUCUAUGUGUGGGAUGUGCGGCGCCCCUUUGUGCCAGCCGCCAUGUUCGAGGAGCACCGUGACGUGACUACUGGCAUCGCCUGGCGCCACCCACACGACCCGUGCUUCCUGCUGUCGGGCUCCAAGGACAGCACGUUGUGUCAGCACCUGUUCCGUGAUGCCAGCCAACCUGUGGAGCGUGCCAACCCCGAGGGCCUCUGCUACGGUCUCUUUGGGGACCUGGCCUUUGCUGCCAAGGAGAGCCUGGUGACCACUGAUGGGGGGCGUAGGCCCUAUGCCGGUGACCGGCGCCCUCCUAUCUUCUUUAAGCGCAAGCUGGAUCCCACUGAGCCCUUCUCGGGCCUGGCCUCCAGUGCCCUCAGCGUCUUUGAGACAGAGCCCGCAGCCGGUGGCAUGCACUGGUUCGUGGACACGGCCGAGCGCUAUGCUCUGGCUGGGCGGCCGCUGGCCGAGCUCUGUGACCACAAUGCCAAGGUGGCGCGGGAGCUAGGUCGCAACCAGGUGGCGCAGACGUGGACCAUGCUGCGGGUCAUCUACUGCAGCCCGGGGCCGGUAUCUGCCGCUGGCGUCAACCACAGCGCGGGCAAGAGCAGCACCUGUGGCCUGUCGCUCCUGAACAGUUUCAACCUGAAAGACGUGGCCCCGGGGCUGGGCAGUGAGACACGACUGGACCGCAGCAAGGGAGAUGCCCGGAGUGACACAGCCCUGCUUGACUCCUCAGCCACACUGCUCACCAAUGAGGACAACGAGGAGACGGAGGGCAGCGACGUGCCAGCCGACUAUCUGCUGGGUGAUGCUGAGGGCGACGAGGAGGAGCUGUACUUGCUGGACGCCGAACAUGCACACCCCGAGGACCCUGAGUACGUGCUGCCGCAGGAGGCCUUCCCGCUGCGCCACGAGAUUGUGGACACGCCGCCGGGGCCAGAGCAGCUGCAGGACAAGGCUGAGUCCCCACAUGUGAGCGGCAGCGAGGCGGACGCGGCCUCCCUGGCCCCUGCGGACACUUUCUCGCUGCUCUCUGUGUCCCACACGCUGUACGACAGCCGGCUGCCCCCCGACUUCUUUGGGGUGCUGGUGCGGGACAUGCUGCACUUCUACGCGGAGGGGGGCGACGUGCAGAUGGCCGUGUCCGUGCUCAUUGUGCUGGGCGAGCGCGUGCGCAAAGACAUCGACGAGCAGACACAGGAGCACUGGUACACAUCCUACGUGGACCUGCUGCAGCGCUUCCGGCUCUGGAACGUGUCCAACGAGGUGGUCAAGCUGAGCACCAGCCGGGCGAUCAGCUGCCUCAACCAGGCCUCCACCACGCUGCACGUCAACUGCAGCCACUGCAAGCGACCCAUGAGCAGUCGUGGCUGGGUCUGUGACAGGUGCCACCGCUGCGCCAGCACGUGCGCCGUCUGCCACCACGUGGUCAAGGGCCUGUUCGUGUGGUGCCAGGGCUGCAGCCAUGGCGGCCAUUUGCAGCACAUCAUGAAGUGGCUGGAGGGCAGCUCGCAGUGCCCGGCCGGCUGUGGCCACCUGUGCGAGUACUCCUGAUAAAUCCCUGAGACAUCCA